CAGAAAUAAAAGAACCUUCGAAACGUUCGGGCUUGGUGCAGUGAACAUCGGUGAAAGUGAUUGCAAAUCGUCGGUCUGUUUUGUUAUUCUUCAAAAUGUCCUUUUUAGUUCGCAACCUAGCACAAGCGUGCUCCCGAAUGUCGACCGGUAUUGGCCUUCAACGAAGCUACCUCCAUACCGGACGAAUGCUGUCUGUCGCACAGGUUCAACAUCCGGCUCCGUCAUUUAAGGGAACUGCCGUCGUCAAUAAUGACUUCAAAGAUAUUAAGCUAGAAGAUUAUAAGGGCAAAUAUUUGGUGCUGUUUUUCUAUCCGCUCGAUUUCACAUUCGUCUGCCCUACCGAGAUCAUCGCGUUUAGCGAUCGUAUGAAGGAGUUUAAGGAACUCAACACGGAAGUAGUUGGUGUUUCCGUUGAUUCUCAUUUCUCACACCUGGCUUGGAUCAACACACCACGCAAAGCUGGUGGACUGGGCAAGCUGGAAUAUCCACUGUUGGCCGACCUUACCAAGCAAAUCUCUGCCGACUAUGGCGUGCUGCUGAAGGAUGGAAUCUCGCUGCGCGGUUUGUUUAUCAUCGAUCCGAGCGGUGUUGUACGUCAGAUUACUAUCAAUGAUCUACCAGUAGGUCGGUCGGUUGAUGAGACGCUCCGGCUAAUUAAGGCAUUCCAGUUCGUGGAAAAGCAUGGCGAAGUGUGCCCUGCCAACUGGGAGCCGAAGUCGAAUGCGGCCACUAUCAAGCCAAACCCGAAAGAUUCGCGUGAAUAUUUCGAAAAGCAUGGCAAGUAGCAUGGGGACCAACUUAGGUGACGGAGAAAAUGCAACAGCAUACCUGUGACACUCUAUGUAAUAAAAUUCGCAUUUCGUUUGUAACACAAUGAACA